AUGGAUAAUGAACAAUUUAUUACGUUAGUGGAGAUUAAGAGGGAAAUUGAAGAUUCAGAAGAGGAUAUACCUGUUAUAGCAAAUUCAGGAAGACAAACAAAAGAAGGUAAAUCAAUACAAGAAAAUGAGAAAAUUGACAGUAUUGAAGCUAGUUAUUAUUGUGAAGUAGAAAUUGAUGUGGCAUGUGUCAAAGGAAAAUCGACCCCCAAUAAUAAGCAACUAGGGGAUGAUCAAAAUAAAGAUAAAAUAAUUCAUUCAGGUGAAAAACAGAUAAACAAAAAAGGUGGUAAGAGUUUGAAUAAUUCUAGUAAAAGAAAAAAAAAUACUGGUGAAAAGCCGUUCUCGUGUAAUGUAUGUGAUAAGACUUUCAGUCGAUCUGGUGAUAUGAAAAUACAUAACAGAAUUCAUACUGGUGAAAAGCCUUAUUCGUGUAAAGUUUGUGGCAAAAGUUUUAAUCAUUCUAGCGAUUUAAACAAGCAUACUAGAACACAUACUGGUGAAAAGCCGUAUUCGUGUAAUACAUGUGGUAAGAGUUUUAAUAAUUCUACUGCUUUGAACAGGCAUACCCUAAUACAUACGGAUAUAAAGCCUUAUUCAUGUAAUACUUGUGGCAGAAGUUUUAAUAAUUCUACUGCUAUGAAUAGGCAUAAUAGAAUACAUACUGAUGAAAAGCCGUACCCUUGUAACAUAUGUGGUAAGACUUUCAAUCAAGCUAGUGACUUAAAAAUACAUAUAAGAAUACAUACUGGUGAAAAGCCGUAUUCGUGUAAUAAAUGUACCAAGAGUUUUAAUAAUUCUACUGCAUUGUGCAGGCAUAGUAGAACACAUAAUGAAGAAAAGCCGUAUUCGUGUGAUACCUGUGGUAAGAGUUUCAAUCAAUCAAGUGAUUUGAAGAUGCAUAAAAGAAUACACACUGGUGAAAAGCCGUAUUCGUGUCAUGUGUGUGGUAAGAAUUUCAGUCGAUCUGGUUCUUUGAACAAGCAUAGAAGAAUACAUACUGGUGAAAAGCCGUAUGCGUGUAAAGUUUGUAGUAAAAGUUUCGCUAAUUUUAGUAAUAUGCUAGCACAUAGAAGAACACAUAAUUGCGAAUAGAUAUAAAGUAAUUAAGAUCGUAAAUAUUUCUUUAGUUUCAGUAUAUUAAAGGCCGUCGUCUGGUAAAGGCCUAGAUGGAAUAAAACAUGAUCUAAUGAUGGGAUUAAUCAUUACUCCACAGUACUCAAUACUGAUAUAACAUGAGUUCUGUGUGGUGAAUUAAUGAAGUAAAAUUUGUUAGCAACAUAGAGUUGCAGGCGUUUAUACCUCGCGAGCCAAUUCAAGUUUAGGCAUUUCUCUGUCACUGGUGGGGGGAGCGUGUACAUCAAUGUAAAAAAGUAACAAACAUUGCGUGAGCAUUUCAGAUUACGGAAAAAUAUUAAUCUGCCGUGUUGCAUGGUGGUUGUGGCCAUACGAAGGUGAAGACAAUAGGGAAAUUUUAUAAUAAAGAGCGUCAUCGCGACGAGAUGUACAGUGAACCCUAUUGUAGGUCCUAUUCAAAAGACUGACGAUUUGCACGUGGCCAGAAAAGUUCAAAUGCAAAAAAUACGAGGACUUUACUGCCCCAAUGGCCAUCUGUCCGUCUAUGUGCCCUGCCCACUGCCACUUCAGUUUCGCAAUCGUUUGGACUAUCUCGGUUACUUUGGUUCUCCUACGGAUCUCAUUUCUGAUUCGAUCUCGCAGGAAAACUCCGAGCAUAGCCCUCUCCAUUGCCCUCACAUUUAUAUUUUCCUUAUAUAAACUUAAUGGUAAGAAAUUAUUCAUUUAAAACUUUGUGACUUUCCAAUUUCCUCGUGUAACUCUCAAAUUGUUAGAUAAUUGAAAUGUACACUUUACUGCAUAUAAUUAGCUAUAUUUACCUCAAUCUGACGCGCUCGAGUUGUCCUAACGAUCGAUCCUUUUUGACUUAUUUCUCUUGACCUUAGACCCUAUAUACAGGGCUCAGGUAUGGUACUUGACAAGGUGUAAGUUUGCCCCUCUUCUCUUAUUCUGAAUAAAUCUCACUCGGAUAAAUGCCAAAAUCCCCGCUUGGUCUCCUCUACUAUAACGUUUGGUAAAUGGUAUGUUUAUGUCAUGACCUAUGGACAAUAUUUUGUAAGGCUUAUGACAAUUGUUAAGUUGACAUUCUCCAAUUUCGUUAUUGCAAAGUGCAAAAUAAAUAUUUGAUGAUUGAUUUUAUUGUGAAAAUUGUUGUAAAAGUGCUAUUUAGAGCUAAAUAGAAAAUUGUAAAACAUGAAAUAAAAAUUUGCAUUAAAAGCCA